CUUUCCCCCUCCGUAUCCUCAGCCUUCCCAGCUGAUGAAAAUUGGCUUCCCUGCUUACGGCUCAAACGGCCUCUAGAUCCCGGGGGCGUGGCCAGGGGGCGGAGCCUGUAGGCGUCGUGGAGAUGGUGCCUAGCAACGUCAAGGUUUAGGGCUGCGAGGGAGCCAACUCCGGUCUGGAGGUCCUCCUGGAAGGGGCCUCAUGACAGACUCCAGAGAGGAUGCUCUGGGGCUUGACCAGGAUCCCUCACAGCACAUCCCAAAGCCAUGGGUGUUUCCAGUCCCAAAAGAGACCGUUCAGCGCAUCUUUGGGACCAGCAAGGUGUUCCAGAGCUUUGGUGAUAUAAGACCAACGACCACUGGGAUAACAGUGCCCCUCAAAGUCAGGGAGUACUACCACCGAGGCCACCAGUGCUUGGAGAAAGAAGACUGGGAGUUGGCCGUGCUGUUCUUCUCCCGUGCCCUCCACCUGGACUCCCAGCUGGAAGACCUCUAUGCCCGAAGAGCCGAAGCCUACAUCCAGCUCUGCGACUUCUCCUCAGCCACCCAGAACCUGCGAAGGGCCUACUUCUUCCAGCCAGAGAACACCAACUACCUGGAGCGGCUCACGUUGGUGCUUUAUCUGCAGGGCCAGUGCCUGUUUGAGCAAUGUGCCUUUCUGGACGCCCUGAGUAUCUUCUCGCAAGCCUCUGAGCUCCAGCCCGAGAAACCCCAGUUCCGUUACCGAUGCAUGGCCUGUCUCCUGGCCCUCCAACGGUAUCAUGACUGCCUCUCACUCGUCUCCAAGGAGGUGAAGCAUGGCACGACCAACGCUGAUAUCUACAUCCUCCGGGCCAGGCUCUAUAACUUCUUACAGAAGCCCAAACUCUGCUAUCAAGACUUGCACAGCGCCUUGCUAUUGGAUCCCAGGCACCCCCAGGCGAAGGUGCUGCUCAAGAUGAUGGUGGACCAGGCCCAGAAAUCAUGCCAAGAUGCCAGGAUCCUAGCUGUGCAGGGCAAGCUGCAGCAUGCACUGCAGUGCAUCAACUGUGCCGUCGAAAACAACCCUCUGGACCCCAGCUUCUUCCUCUUCCGGGGCACCAUGUACCGACGGCUCCGUGAGUUUGAUGCCGCCGUGGAGGACAUCCUGAAAGCGCUGGACAUGCUGACCGAGCAACAGGAGGGCCUGGUGCAGCAGGCGCAGCGCCAGCUGCUGCUGACCUACAACGACUUUGCCGUGCACUGCUACCUGCAGGGCGCCUACCAGGAGAGCGUGCUGCUGCUCAACAAGGCCCUCAGGGACGAGCAGCGGGAGAAAAGCCUGUACAUCAACCGCGGCGACUGCUUCUUCCAGCUGGGCAACCUGACCUUUGCUGAGGCGGACUACCGGCAGGCUCUGGAGCUGAGCCCGCAGGACGAGGGCGCCAACCUGCGCAUGGGGCUGCUGCAGGAGAAGAUGGGGUUUUGCGAGCAGAAGAGCAGGCAGUUCCAGAAUGCAGAAAGCCACUUCUCAACGGCCAUCCAGCACAAUCCCCAGAGUGCCCAGUACUACGUGCACCGUGCCAGGUGCCGGCAGCUCAUGCAGAACAUUUUUGGGGCCCGCCAGGACAUCGCCACUGCCCUGCUCCUCAACCCUAAGCAACCGAAGUUGGUCCCACUGCUAACCAGCCUCUUCCCGGGCAUGUCGGUGGAGGAGGUGCUUAGCAGCCAGAUGGCCUGCCUGGCCAGGCUGCAGCUGAGUCGGGUUGUGGAAGAAGGCCUGCACGACAGCAUCCCUAGAGGCAUUGUGGGGCAGCUUAGGAAGCGGGAACUAGAGCGCCAGAAGGCCCAGGCCCUGCAGCAUUCCUGGAAGCUGGGACAGCCUUUGUCCGAGACCUCAGAGAAGCCGGACACCACUCCCCAGACCCUGCAGGCAGAGGCAGCAGCACGCCCAAAGGAGGCCAAGAGCCCUGAGGAGGAGGAGAAGCCGGAACCCGCUCCUAGCAAGGUGAGGUCCCUGACCAGCAGCCUCCUCGACCAGACCUCUUCCAGCUCCAUCUUGGACUACAGGACCUGGCCAACCUCAGAGACAGAGACGUCCACUACCUGCCAGGAAUACAGGAGCAGCUCGGCCUCCACUGUGGCAUUCUCCGAUUCCUCACUGCUAAAGACUCAGUCGUCAGACUUAGGAAAAGAAGACCUAAGCCUGGGCUGGAGCCCCAGAAAAACCAAGGCUACCCGGGACCCGAGCUGGAGGCCCACCAAAACUGAAGCCACCCAAGACCCAAGGCAAAAGCCCAGCAAGACUGAGGCCACCCAAAGCCCAAAGCAAAAGCCCAACAAGACCAAGGCCACCCAGGGCCCAAGGCAGAGGGUCAGAAAGGCCAAGCUUGCUCAUGGCCGGAGCUGGGGACCCAGCAAGGCUGCUGCUAUGCACGGCCAGAGCUCGGGACUGAUCCGAAGUUCCAGCAAGACCAAGACUUUCUCUGACCCAAGUUGGAGCCCCAGCAACACUGAGGCUCCCCAGAGCAUAAGCCCAGGUUCCAGCAAGACGGAGGCCACCAAGGGCCUGAGCCAGAACCCCAACCCCAGCAGUUAAACUGCUCUCUGAAGGGGCCAC